AGAAAAGGAGGUUACAUUUGCUCAGUCUGAGUCUUUGUGAGUCAGAAGAAGACGAAGAGGAAGAAGAGGAGAGACAGGCAGACUUAUGUGAUAAUUAUCUGAAGCGUGUCUGUGGGGAGUGGCACGUCGUUUGGGGAGGCAUGAGAGAAAAGCUCCCGCGGUGAGGACAGCACAGAGCAGGUUUGAUCGUUUCUUGCUCCAGCAGCGUUUUCGCCUCCCGAUCCCUCAUGGCGUAUGCAGCGUACUGGAUGACACUUUCGCAGCCCAGCCAGGCCACACCCAAACCGGCAGCUCAGGUCUCCACUGUGAAGCCUGCACAGUUUGAGAAGGCAUCGUCAGGAUCCACCAUGGCUACAAAGCCUGGGGUGGUUACCAUAGCGACAGGCGGAGCCACAGGAAGUGGUGGCACAGCAGGAGGAAGUGCUUCGAUCGGGACUGCGGGAAAAGUGUCACCUAAAGCCAAAACAGAGACUAACACUACGCCUUCAGGUGCUACUCUUAUUGACAUGUCGUCUGCUGGGGCUACUGUUGUUGACAUGACAUCAGCCGGGUCGAGGGGCGGUCCUAAAGAGAUGUCAAAGACUGCACCUGUUUCCCAAGUCAAAGCCACAGCUACAGUUCCCUCUGCUGCUGCUGCGACCAUACCUAAAGAGUCACCUAAAGACACAGCCAAGAGUGCCACUGCCACCACAACUCUCAAAGGUGAUGAGCCUAAAGUUGAUCCUGUUAAAACAUCAAAGCCAGCUGCAGCAGCCACAGCUGCGGCUGUGCAAGGGAAGAAAGAAGAAGCAAAACCAACACAAUCAAAGGUACAGGCAGAGGUUCCUCCCACAGUAGCUACAGGAGCCAAACAGGCACCUCCAGUGGAUCCAUUUGACGCCCUGGCAAGCAUACUACCAUCAGCUGAUCCUGUCACACCCCCACAGCCUGUAUACACUGGGCCAGUGGUAAAAGAGCAUGACGUCAUCUCCGAGAGGGAUCAUAAGUGUGGAGAAAGAGAGGACACGCUGCCUCCAGGAUACAGAUUUAAAAAUACGGGCCCAGUUCCUGCCGAUGUAAAGCCCAAGGACGUUCCUAAACCACUGAGCACAAAUGAGGCCUUGGAUUCUCUGUCAGCUGGUUUCAUGACUUCCACUUCUCCAGCUGCACCCAAAAAGCAAAAGGACCAUGUUGACAGCAUCAGUGCCUCAUCUGCUGGCCCUGCCAGCUUUGCACCACCUCCUGUAAAGACUUCUCAAACUCCUGCUCCCCCUGCUGAUAAAAAAGCCAAGAUGGAGAAAGUCUCAGACGCCUCCUCUCUGGAGACUGGACUUCCGUCUGCUCCAUGCAAGGAAUCAGUCCCCCCUGUGUGUCCUCCUGCUGAUAAAAAAGCCAAGAUGGAGAAAGUCUCGGAUACCAAAGUUAACACCAAGAGUGAUAGGGACGACUCUAUGUCUCUGGAUGCUCUCAGUGCUCUCGGUGACACAUUGGCAGCAGACAAACCAAAACCCGAACCCCCAAAACUCAGACCUGCGGACAUCGUCUCGGAGGACAAAUUCAAGAAAGAGAAGGGUGUGCAUGUGGGAGAGAGGGAAGACACACUUCCCCCAGACUACAGGUUUAAAGAGGACGAACUCAAAAAGCUGCCUCCACCGAAACCUGAGCCCACCAUGGACACUGGUGAGGCUCUGGACAUUUUGUCUGGAGACUUCAUGACCUCCUCUGCAGCUCCUGCUGUCCAGGCUCCUGUUGUCACCCCCUCAGCUGCUCCUGCACAGAAAGCCCCUCCUGCAGCUGCACGUCCUGCUCCACCUGCGGAUAAAAAAGCCAAGACGCAGAAGGUGUCUGAUGACUUCUCUCUGGAGGCUGGACUUUCUGCUUCUACUGCCAAGACAGUUGAAUCUUCUGCAGUCCCUCCUGUGGCUGUGUGUCCUGCUCCUCCUGCUGAUACAAAAGCCAAAGCAGAGAAAACUGCUGCUGGAAAGGACACCACUGUAGCCAAGCCAAAGUCUGAUUUGGACGACUCCAUGUCUCUGGAUGCUCUCGGUGCUCUUGGCGACACGUUGGCGGCAGACAAACCAAAGCCUGAACCCCCCAAACUCAGACCUGAAGACAUUGUCUCGGAGGACAAAUUCAAGAAAGAGAAGGGUGUGCGUGUAGGAGAGAGGGAAGACACACUUCCCCCAGACUACAGGUUUAAAGAGGACGAACUUAAAAAACUGCCACCACCGAAACCUGAGCCCUCCAUGGACACUGGUGAGGCUCUGGACAUUUUGUCUGGAGACUUCAUGACCUCCUCUGCAGCUCCUGCUGUCCAGGCUCCUGUUGUCACCCCCUCAGCUCCUCCUGCACAGACUAAAGUAGAUGAUUUGUCAGCUUUGGAUGUACUUUCUGGAGAUUUUGUGGCUCCAACUAAAGCUUCUGCAGUUCAGGCACCUGGCCCUCUUCCCACCAAGAAGACACCAGAGAAAAUGGUUUGUCCUCUGGAGCAGCCUAAUUUAGUUGAUGUCAUUCCUGUACAACCACAACAAGCAAAACCCAAGACUAAGAAAGACGACUCCAUGUCUCUGGAUGCUCUCAGUGCUCUUGGCGACACGUUGGCGGCAGACAAACCAAAGCCUGAACCUCCCAAACUCAGACCUGAAGACAUCGUUUCGGAGGACAAAUUCAAGAAAGAGAAGGGUGUGCGUGUGGGAGAGAGGGAAGACACACUUCCUCCAGACUACAGGUUUAAAGAGGACGAACUCAAAAAACUUCCUCCUCCGAAACCUGAGCCCUCCAUGGACACUGGUGAGGCUCUGGACAUUUUGUCUGGAGACUUCAUGACCUCCUCUGCAGCUCCUGCUGUCCAGGCUCCUGUUGUCACCCCCUCAGCUCCUCCUGCACAGCCCUCUGCAGACUUUGCUCUGGAUGCCUUGGCGGGAGACUUUGUUGCCUCAACUGCUGCUCCUGCAGUGAAGUCUGCAUGUGUUCCUACAGAAACUUCACCACAGCUGUCAGCAGGAGCAGGCAGUGCCCUGGACGCUCUGUCAGACACCUUGAAGGAUAUCGCGCCCGCACCUCAGCCCACCCCAGUUCCUGGCAAAGACGUUGUCAAGGAGAAAAAGAUCGUUGAAGAGAGGCUGAUAAAAAUGGGAGAGAGAGACGACACGCUGCCACCGGACUAUCGACCCACCAAGGAAGAUCUCAAGAAAAUGAAAGAAGCUAAGGAAAAAACACCUGCAGCUCCCAAGGAGAAGACUAUGGAUGAUAAAACGGCCUUGGACCUGCUGGCUGGUGACUUUGAUGCAGCUUCAAAGCCUGCUGCACCUGUUGCAUCUUCUGCAGCCACAACAAAGCUGGAACCUCCUGUGCUAGAUUCAGACCCCCUGAAGCCGAUGGCCGGUCCCGUCCUCGACUCUUUGUCAGACACCCUGCUCCCAGACACCCCAGAGUUCACAUCCAAGACAGACAAACCAAAGGGCAAGAGCAAGUCAAAGUCAAAGUCUAAAAAACACCACACAGACGAGCCAUCUGCCACUGACCAGCUAUCAGCUCAGCUAAGCUCAGACGUUGUGCCAACAUCCACAAACAAGGGAGGCAAGAGCUAGGCCACUCGGUUGUCCUCCCGGGCCACAGGGAUGCAUCAGUGAGGGAGCUGAUCUCUGGAUAUUGAUUCUAUUUUUCUAAAACAUCAAGAAUGUAUACUGGAUGAAAGAUGAAAGAAGACGAAAUGUACCCAAACAUACCCUCAACACACUCAACAUAUAUUGAUAAACACACACACACACACACACACAGAUAGCUCUGCGUGCAGCGCCUUUCUUGCUCAGUUUCACAUGCGUUUACAGUGACGAGAAGCUUUUGGUCUUUGGCGGAAAUGAAAAGAAGACUUGAAGAAAGAAGACAAGAUGGAGAACAAAAGAACCAAUCAUGAACAGGCAAAGAGAGAAGAACAACUGAAGGGAGAGAGCGUUUUAAAGGAUUUAAAGAUGAGUGAAAAUCUUUUUGUUUUGUUGCUUUAUGCGUUGGACGUGCUGAGGGAAGGAAAGCGUUGCUCGUCAGAGUCCUGCAUGCACAUCUCUGCUGACAGCUUCUGUUUCUCCAGUGGCACUAACAUCACAACAUAACGCCUAUUUAACCCUGGUGGUGUUGUGACGUUGGUUGGAGCGGUGGUGGCUGUCAGCUUGCCUGGGUGCAUUACGGAGUGGGUGUGUCGUAUCGGGAUGUUUGUGCGAUCUUGAUGUACAGACGCAACAGCCAAGUUUUCUAUCACGAUGUGACAGAUGCCAUUAAGACACUAUUGUACAGCUUAGUUUGCUAGUAUUUUGGACAACACAUAGUUUACAUGACAUGUCUGUAUUCAUGAGCUUCUUGCAAAUGCCUUUUACUUCCUGUAGAGAAAUAUCUGCCAUAAGAAGGGUCUGUAUGUAUUUGGCCAUGUAGGAAAAAAAAAAGAAUAAAUUUCAUGCGUCCAAAAGUGCACUUAGUGAACUGAGGUGGUUACAAGCUUCGUACACUGCCUUUGUUUGUAUACUGUAAAAAAAAAAAAAAGAUUUUUUUGCUCUAUAUAAGACAACACUGUAUAAUUUAGAAAGGGCUUCCAACUGUAAAAUUAAAAAUCAGUAUGCUUUCCCAAAGCUUUUUUUUUUUUUUCUUUUCAUGUCAAAGGUCUUGUGUGGGUGUGAGUCAAAUGAUAUGAGAGAUAUUUUAGAUGUGGGAAUACUAAUUAAAUAAAUAAAUGAAAAGUUUCUCUAUGUAAA